UCUCCCGAGUUAAAUCGACUGAAGUCUAUCUCCAACACAUAGAUGGAGCAAUUCAGGAAACAACCUCGUCUUCCGAAAUUUGCCGUACCUAAGCGCUACGAUCUCCGCCUUAAACCUGACCUCUCCGCUUGCAGAUUCGCCGGGUCCGUCUCGAUCGACGUCGACGUCGUCGCCGACACUCGCUUCAUCGUCCUCAAUGCCGCCGAACUCUCUAUCAACAGCGGAUCUGUCUCUUUCUCUCCUCGUAACUCUUCCAAGGUAUUUGAACCGUCAAAAGUUGACUUAGUUGAAGAAGAUGAGAUUUUGGUGAUAGAUUUUGCUGAGACACUUCCUCUGGGUCUGGGAGUUUUGGCUAUCGGAUUUGAAGGAAUCUUAAAUGACAAAAUGAAAGGAUUCUAUAGAAGUAUAUACGAGCACAAUGGUGAGAAGAAGAAUAUGGCAGUUACACAGUUUGAGCCAGCUGAUGCUAGGCGAUGCUUUCCGUGUUGGGAUGAACCUGCUUGCAAGGCUACGUUUAAGAUCACCUUAGAUGUACCAUCUGAGCUAGUAGCCCUCUCAAACAUGCCAGUCAUUGAGGAGAAAGUGAAUGGGCCUCUGAAAAAUGUUUCUUUUCAAGAAUCACCAAUCAUGUCUACUUAUUUAGUGGCUGUUGUUGUUGGUUUGUUUGAUUAUGUGGAAGAUCACACGCCCGAUGGGGUUAAAGUUCGAGUAUACUGUCAAGUUGGGAAGGUAAAUCAAGGGAAAUUUGCUCUAAAAGUUGCUGUGGGAACACUCAGUUUGUACAAAGACUAUUUUGCCGUGCCUUAUCCUCUUCCCAAGCUGGAUAUGAUUGCUAUUCCUGAUUUUUCUGCUGGGGCAAUGGAGAACUAUGGCUUAGUUACAUACCGUGAGACAGCAUUACUCUACGACGAGCAACAUUCUGCAGCUGCCAAUAAGCAGAGGGUCGCAACUGUGGUGGCCCAUGAACUGGCACACCAGUGGUUUGGUAAUCUUGUGACAAUGGAAUGGUGGACGCAUUUGUGGUUGAAUGAGGGUUUUGCUACAUGGGUAAGCUACUUGGCAACUGAUAGCUUGUUUCCAGAAUGGAAAAUAUGGACUCAGUUUCUUGAUGAAACUACUGAUGGUCUUAGGUUGGAUGGCCUUGCAGAAUCCCACCCAAUUGAGGUGGAAAUCAAUCAUGCUGCUGAAAUCGAUGAAAUUUUUGAUGCUAUAAGUUAUAGGAAAGGUGCCUCAGUUAUCCGCAUGCUACAAAGCUAUUUAGGUGCUGAAUGCUUUCAGAAAUCACUUGCUUCAUAUAUUAAAAAACACACAUACUCAAAUGCGAAGACAGAGGACUUAUGGGCUGCCCUUGAGGAGGGAUCUGGUGAACCGGUGACUAAGCUAAUGAAUACAUGGACCAAACAGAUGGGCUAUCCAGUUGUCUCUGUCAAAGUCAAAGAUCAGAAGUUGGAAUUUGAGCAGUCACAAUUCUUCUCUAGUGGUUGCACUGGGAAUGGGCAGUGGAUUGUCCCGAUAACAUUUUGUUGUGGGUCAUAUGAGAAGAAGAAAAGCUUUUUGUUGCAAACUAAGUCAGAAACUCAUGAUGCUAAGGAACUCUCUUCUGAUGGCAAUAAAAGUGCUUGGAUAAAGCUUAAUGUGGAGCAGACUGGUUUCUAUAGGGUGAAAUAUGACGAGGAACUUGCCGCUAGACUCCGUCAUGCAAUAGAAAACAAUUACUUGACUGCAACCGACAGAUUUGGCAUCCUUGAUGAUUCAUUUGCACUUUGUAUGGCACGCCAAUUGCCUUUGACUUCCUUGAUUACCUUGAUGGCUGCCUACAGAGAGGAACUCGAGUAUACUGUGCUUUCUAACUUGAUUACUAUAACAUAUAAGGUUGGGAGAAUUGCGGCUGAUGCAAGACCUGAACUGAUGGAUAACAUUAAUCAAUUUUUUAUUAACCUUUUCCAGUAUUCUGCCGAGAAGCUUGGUUGGGAUGUUAAACAAGGUGAGAGUCAUCUGGAUGCAAUGUUGAGAGGUGAAAUUUUGACUGCACUUGCAAUGCUUGGACACAAGGAGACACUGAAUGAAGCAAGUAGACGAUUUGAUGCAUUCUUGAACGACAGAAACACACCACUCCUCCCUCCUGACAUAAGAAAGGCAGCAUAUGUAGCUGUAAUGCAGUCGGUCACCUCCUCCAACAGAGCAGGUUUUGAGUCUCUUUUGAGAGUUUAUAGAGAGACUGAUCUAAGCCAGGAGAAAAUCCGUAUUUUAGGUUCAUUGCCAUCUUGUCCUGACCCAGCUAUUGUUCUUGAAGUUCUAAAAUUCUCAUUGUCUCCUGAGGUUCGCUCCCAAGAUGCUAUAUAUGGACUGGGUGUUAGCAAGGAAGGUCGUGAAGUUGCCUGGACAUGGCUCAAGGAUAACUGGGAUUUCAUCGUAAAAAACUUCGGUGGAUUCCUGAUACCACGUUUUGUCAGUGCAGUUGUCGCGCCGUUUGCAUCUUUUGAGAAAGUGGAGGAAGUGGAGGAGUUCUUUGCAAGCCAAGAAAAGGCUUCGAUAGCGAGAACGUUGAAGCAGAGCCUUGAACGUGUUAACAUUAAUGCCAAUUGGGUUAAGAGCAUUCAGGCAGAGAAAUAUUUGGGCGAGGCCGUGCAGGAGUUGGCUUAUAGGAAAUACUGAGAUUUUAUCUUUUUUUGAGUCCAAUCGAUUUGGGUUAAAAUAAAUUUAGUUUUAAAAUUUCAAUUUGAAGUUAAUGACAUUUUAGGCUUGUGUUUAUUGUAAGAUUGUCGUUUAAGGUUUUAAUACAGAUUUGAAGUAUUUUGGGUUUUGGUCA